UUUUCAUAUUUGUGACUUGUCUGAACUAUGACGCGAACCUUGUACAUCUGUUUAGUUUUAGCAGCCGUAAGUUUAUGCUAUGGAGUCUCAACUAAAGUGGACUUCGAUGAAUAUCAAACAGCAACAGUUGCAAACGAUGAAGAUGAUAACGUUGAGGUGAAACAUACGAUUGUAGUUUCCACGAAGCUUAGGAACAAUAACUAUAGAAGAGGAUUGCAUGGAACAGAUAAUCCCGAAUUUAUGCAUCAAAAUAAACCAAAAAAAGAAGAUAUCGAAGAAGUACCAAUUGUAAAAGCCUUCAAAUCUGUCGAUUCUACCAUUAUAAGAACUCCCGAUACCCGUCUCAAAUCAAAUUCUAAUUCACAAUUUUCUCAUAGAAAUAGCAGAGAUGAGUACGAUAUAUUCCCUAAUGCUGAUGUAAAUCCAGUGUUUACAAAUCUUUGGAAACCAUCUGCGUUUUACAAUAAUAUAAACUGGGGUCAAAAUGAUUACAACCAACCUAGAAUAUACAAAAGGCCAGAAUACAAUAAUUUUGAUAGAUCAAUAAGCGAUGAUAGUAUUAAGGAAUUCUAUUGUCGAAAAUGCAGAGAAUUGAACAACUUUAGAGGUUGUGGACAGCAAAAAAGCGGUCCACGAUUCUUCGAGAUCACGACUCCAAAGGUAAAGCUAGACGGAAAAUUAGCAAAAUUAAAAUAAUGCCAAGACCAUUAUGUUGUUCAUCCCAUGACGCUCAACAAAAACAUGAUGCUAUCUCAAUAACCUUGAACAAACUUAAGGUUGGUUUGUCCCACAGUGUAUUAUGCUUUUAUUACAGAGUAAUGUUGAUAUAUUAUUGUAUACCUAAGAUCAUUAUGAGGAGAACACGACUCCACAAAUGCACAAAAACUGAACGAUCAUAAUAAAUUGCUUUUACUCUUGUUGUUUUUAUUACGUGAUCAUAUUCUUUAUGAUUUUAACGAGCGUUU